GCUCGCUCUUCCACUGUAUUUUUCUCCCAGAUCCUGUAAUAUAUAUUUUUUAAAACCCUCCUUUCUGAUCUCUUUCCGGCCCAGUGUGUCAGUUUCCUUUCUGGGCGCAGUCCAUAGGAGAGCGGAGCGCAGAGGGUGCACAGCCGAGCCCGAGGGUUGGCAGACGUAUUACCAGCGGAGAAGGCAGCGUGGAAACCGGCUCGGAGAGCAGUGGGGCUCGGCUCGGCUAGGCUCGACUCGUAUCGGCACAGACGGCAGGAUUGUAGCGCUCAUCCGCGUGGAUCGCUGCUGUGGCUGCUUCCAGUUGUUACCGGGAGGAAGACGCAGUAUGGAUUGCGAUGCGUGUGCCGGUGGAGGCGGGCUGCCUUGAGGGGAAAGCGCCGCAUCUGCGGCCAGGGAGACUGCGAUCGGCGAACUGACGCUCACACUUGCUUUCAGCCACGUCGGAAGUUUACACACAUCAGUUGUUUCUUUUCUGUCACUCGCGGUGUCUCUCUUUGGAUUUUUGCUGCUCACUUUUGGAUGUAUUUUUUUUGAACAACCUUAACAUUCCCGUAACGCCAGUUAUCUACUGCACCCGAUGCAACCUUAAAAAAGAGCCGUCUGCGGAUUGAUGUACGGAUUUUCCCAAAAAGUCGCGAGGAUUUAUACAUUCCUAAUUUCUUUUAUAAGGAGCUCCAUUUUCGAUUCCGUUUUUUAUUCUUAGUUUAUGUGUAUUUUUUAAGGAUUCUAUUUCUGGUGCUUCAAUCACUCAGCGUUUUCUUAAUAUAUCCUUAUCUUCUUUUUAACUUGUAUUUUUUUCAGAAGUCGUUCUUCUUUACCUUCGUUCUUUUAGGCAAUAUAAUCACCUAUUAGUAAUUUAUUUUUGUCUUCAUUGUGCGCUUAUUUUAAGAAGCGUGAGAAAAUCCUCCCCUCCCUGUUUUAUUAUUUCAGUCCAACUUUUUUUUCUGUCUCCUUCCGAAUUCACCAAAUGUUUGACAGGGAGACGCUGAAGACAAGCCCACCGUCGGCUCGCUGACCGCAAUCAGCGCCCCACUUUUUUAUUAUUAUUUUAAGGUUCUUUACCCCCAUCAGUCCCAUCCUCUUACCGUCAUGCGGCACCGUUCAAACUAAGCCGUCUUCUAACUGUACCCUUCAACUUUCGGAGCUGGACUGCAGCCAUCACACCUUCGGUUUGUUCCUACGACUCUACCUGGCGCUGUCAUGUUCUGAAGAUGGCCCUCAUCAGACUGGGCACUAAUCUCAACGGGUGUCCAAUGGAACACCCCUCCAAUGGCCCCGCACAGAGUCCAGGCCUGGGGCCCGGCUGCUCACUCAGGAUGUUGGACUGGGGAGAAGCGGGGGGUCGAGUGUUGCGGAGUUUGGACUUGGGCACCGUUAUGAUGCUCUUUCAUCAGAAGAAGUCGCAGCGGCCGGAGCGACGGACUUUCCAAGUGAAACAAGACACGCGGCAGAUCAUCUGGAGCCGCAACGCGGACAAGAUCGAAGGAGAGAUUGACAUCCGUGAAAUCAAGGAGAUCCGACUAGGAAAGAAUUCUCGGGAUUUUGAGCGCUACCCUGAAGAGGCCCGGAAGGUGGAUGCUUCUCUCUGCUUCAUUAUCCUCUAUGGAAUGGAGUUCCGGCUGAAGACUCUGAGUGUUGCCGCAUUCAGUGAAGAGGAGGUGAAUCUCUGGAUUUCUGGUUUGAACUGGUUAGUCAUGGACACCCAAAAGGCCUCAGCCCCCUGCCAGAUUGAAAGGUGGCUACGGAAGCAGUUUGACACCAUGGACAGGAAUCGAGAAGGCAGUGUCACCGUGAAGGACCUAAAGUCAAUGCUGCCACAAGUCAACUACCGAGUACCAAAUAUGCGCUUCCUCCGAGAUAAACUCCAGGAGGUGGAGGCCCGUUCAGAGUUGACCUUCAUUCACUUCACUCAACUUUAUAAGAACCUCAUGUUUGAUGCCCAGAGAGCAAUUAUUGACCAGCUUGAACUCUCCUUCCCGCUCAGGAAUGUGGAUCGGCCCGAGCUGUGCCAGAUAACUCUUUAUGACUUCCAGAAGUUUCUCCAGUUGGAUCAGGAGGAAGGCUGGGCGAGUGACCUGAACAAGGUGCGGGAUUACAUGUGCGUUUACUUGAACGAGACCCAGAGGCAGAGUGCUGAGCCCACCUUGCAGCUGGAUGAGUUCCUCACAUACCUGAUGUCUAAAGAGAACGCCAUUAUGGAUCCUAACAGUGAGCAGCUCAACGUGGAAGACAUGAAGCACCCACUGUCACACUACUGGAUCUCGUCUUCGCACAAUACGUACUUGACGGGGGACCAGUUUUCUAGUGAGUCGUCACUGGAGGCCUACGCCCGUUGCCUUCGGAUUGGAUGCCGCUGCAUUGAGUUGGAUUGUUGGGACGGGCCUGACGAUUUACCAAUCAUCUAUCAUGGGCACACUCUCACAUCCAAGAUUAAGUUCCUAGAUGUGCUUCACGCCAUUAAAGAGCAUGCAUUUGUCACAUCAGAAUAUCCUGUUAUCCUGUCUAUUGAGGACCACUGCAGUGUUGUCCAACAGCGGAACAUGGCCUCUCAUUUCAAGAAAGUCUUUGGAGAUAUGCUGCUGACCAAGCCCGUGGAUAUUAAUGCUGACGAGCUGCCAUCACCAUAUCAGCUGAGGAGAAAAAUCCUUAUUAAGCACAAGAAGCUAAUUGAAGGCAACCUAUACGAGGAGGUAUCUUCAGGAAGCUAUGCUGAAAACGACAUCAGUAACUCCCUCAAGAAUGGAAUCCUGUACCUCGAAGAUCCAAUUGACCACAAUUGGAGCCCACACUACUUUGUCCUUACCAGCAAUAAGAUCUAUUACUCAGAGGAGACAUCUCACUACCAGACUGCUGAUGAGGAAGAAGAGGAGGAACACAAAGAGGAAUUCAACAACAAUGAUUUACACUUCAGUGAAAAGUGGUUCCAUGGCAAACUGGGUGGAGGUCGAGAUGGUCGACAGAUUGCAGAGAAAUUGUUGCAUGAGUAUUGCGGGGACAGUGGUGGCAAAGACGGCACCUUUCUCGUCAGGGAGAGUGAGACCUUUGUUGGAGAUUACACCUUGUCUUUUUGGAGAUCUGGACGGGUUCAGCAUUGCCGAAUUCACUCCCGACAGGAGGCCGGCACCACCAAAUUCUACCUAACUGACAACCUUGUUUUUGACAGCCUAUAUAGCCUUAUCUCCCAUUACCGUGAGGUGCCUCUACGCUGCAAUGAAUUUGAGAUGAGACUUACAGACCCUGUGCCUCAACCGAAUGCCCAUGAGAGCAAAGAGUGGUAUCAUGCAAAUCUGUCCCGCUUGCAGGCAGAGCACAUGCUCAUGAGAGUUCCACGUGAUGGGGCCUUCUUGGUGAGGAAGCGCAGUGAACCCAACUCGUUUGCCAUCUCCUUCAGGGCUGAGGGGAAGAUCAAACACUGUCGAAUCCAACAGGAAGGUCGCCUCUUCAUGCUUGGAAGUUCAGCUGAAUUUGAGAGUCUUGUGGACUUGGUCAGUUACUAUGAGAGGCAUCCAUUGUACCGCAAGAUGAAAUUACGUUACCCCAUCAACGAGGAGACGUUGGAAAGAAUGGGCACUACGGAGCUGGACUAUGGAGCGCUUUAUGAGGUGCGGACGCCACACUUUUAUGUAGAAGCCAACAAGAUGCCAACAGCCAGGGUGUGUCAUAGAAGGAAUGCGGUGAAGUUGCGUCCCCAAGAGGAGACCGAGUGUACGGUCAAGGCGUUAUAUGACUACAGGGCCCAGCGGGAAGAUGAACUCUGCUUUCCCAAACAGGCCAUCAUCACCAAUGUCGACAAGCAAGAGGGUGGCUGGUGGCGUGGUGAUUAUGGAGGUAAAAGGCAACUUUGGUUUCCGGCUAACUAUGUAGAGGAGAUCCCCUCAUCCUCCACCCAAGAGCAAGAUGAAGCAUCAGCAGAGAACAGUCCUCUUGGCAACUUCCUUAAGGGGUUCAUUGAUGUCCCCACCUGUCACAUAGUGGUGCACAAGGAUGGAAAAAGUUCGAGACCCUUUGUCUUCACCAUCCACUCUCAGCAGAUGUCCCAUCCCAUCCAGAUGUUAGACGUAGCUACCGACACACAGGAAGAUCUUAACGACUGGGUGGCAAAGAUCCGUGAGGCUGCGCAGAACGCUGACGCCAGGAUGCAAGAAGGCAAACAGAUGGAACGCAGGAAGAAGAUUGCGCUGGAGCUGUCCGAACUGGUUGUGUACUGUCGGCCUGUGCCUUUUGACGAGGAAAAGAUUGGUACAGAAAAGGCCUGCUACCGGGACAUGUCUUCAUUCCCUGAAACCAAGGCAGAGAAGUACGCCAACCGUAGCAAGGGCAAGAAGUUCCUGCAGUACAAUCGAAGACAGCUGUCCCGUGUUUAUCCCAAGGGUCAACGGCUGGACUCGUCCAAUUAUGACCCCCUUCUUAUGUGGUUGUGUGGAAGUCAGCUGGUUGCCCUCAACUUUCAAACCCCAGAUAAGCCGAUGCAGCUGAACCAGUCUCUGUUUAUGCUGAACGCCCGCACUGGAUACGUCCUGCAGCCUGACAUCAUGAGGGAUGACGUCUUCGACCCAUUUGAUAAAAACACCCUGAAACUGGUGGAGCCCAUCACCAUCCAGCUGCAGAUCUUAGGAGCCCGACACUUGCCCAAGAAUGGCCGGAGCAUUGUGUGCCCCUUCGUGGAAGUGGAAGUAUGUGGAGCGGACUACGAUAACAGCAAGUGCAAGACGGAUGUGGUCGCGGACAAUGGCCUGAACCCGGUGUGGAUGCUGCAGCAGUUUGUCUUCGAUAUCAACAACCCCGAGUUUGUCUUUCUGCGUUUUGUGGUGUAUGAGGAGGACAUGUUCAGUGACCCCAACUUCCUAGCACAGGCCAUCUUCCCAGUCAAAGCACUGAAGACAGGGUACCGUUCUGUGCCCCUGAAAAACAGUUACAAUGAAGACCUGGAAUUGGCGGCACUGCUUGUGCAUGUCGAGAUUGUCAAUGCUAAGGAGGAAGACGAUGAGAACCUGUACUCCUCCAUCCAGCAGCUGCGAGAUCGGACCAGCGAGCUCUCUAGCCAGGUCUCUACUUUUGAAAGGGGCAACUCCUGCGAUCAGCGCUACCAACAACGACUGGAUGAGCUGCGUGCAGCCCAAGAGCAGCUCACGGAGCUGACUGAAGUUCGCAAUCGGAGAUUAAUGGAAAAGAAGAAGCGCGAAAAGUUGCGGCAGCAGAUGGCGACAAAGCGCAGUUGAAGACGGAGUGGCUCUGAUCCCAUGAUUCCCUGGAAGUCCGGGGCCAUCCCGAUAUGACUCAAGGCCUGCGCUCUAGUGGCUUAAAUUGCACAAUCAUGUAUCUAUAAUGUAUAAAGUGAAAAAAAACCAUGAAGAAAACCAAAAAUGUUAACCAGGAAAGAGUAUGUGACAUGUGAAAGAGUUUCACAAUCAAUAAUGCAGCUUUCUGUGCCUUUGCCUACCUUUACUCUAUUUCUGUUUUUACGAAGUAUUAUUUUAUAACCCCCAGUUCAGGGAGUUUGAAUAUUAUUGAGUCAACAAAAGCAAAAAAAAAACUGUUGAAAUGAAAAUGAACUGCAAAGUGUUCCUCAAGAAUGUGGAGUGCCUAAUUAGUUGGGAUACUACCUCCUGUCACCAGCCGAGGGCAAUGUCUCCCAGCAUGUUAGUGCCCUCAUGCAAAAGCAGGCCUUUUUGGUGCAGCACAUCCUCAUUUUUAAUUUUAUGUUUGGUAUACCCCUGGACUGGCUGUUAAGUGAGCACCAAGGGGGUCCGGAUGUUACAGACUGAAUAGGUGCUUUUGGGCCAAGAAGGGUUAGGUCACGUCUUCAGCCACCCAAGGAACUAAAAUGGUGCCCAAUUGCUGCUCUGGUGUGUAUAAAGUUUCACAGACAGUGUCUCUUCUGUUCCUUCCCGUCACCUCUGCCACGUGCAUCCCCCUUACCAUUUAUUUUAUCUUCCCAGGUACCUAGACGCAUGCUGCCUUAUAUCCUGUUGUUCUAAACAGAACACGUUAGCCCCUAAACCCCAAAGUGGGUUUGCACUGCCAGCCGGCACAGCUUUUUCGUGAAGGCUGGUAUUCUGAGCAGGGGCUCUUGUGCCUGUAAGCUGAAGGUGGGCACCAAUCACCAGUGAGUCCAGCAAUUAACAGAGGGAAGUGGGUGGCCUGGGCUGCUUCAACUAAAACCUUUGUCCUGAUUAUACAGGUCCAGAUGCUGGCUGAUCGGCUUCACCCCUUGCUUAUUUUUAUCUUUUUUUUUUUUUUUUUUACACUAAAUGUAUUUCUUAAACUGAUAUAAUUAUGAAUGAAGUUAUGAAUGAGAUUCUUUUUAUAAAUAUCACUUUUCCCAAACAAGUGUAUCAUGAAAGAUAUUAAGUAAUUAAAAACUGACACCUUAAAUACAUGCUUCCAUAGACAAUAGUGUUGGUUAGAAAUUGAAUAAACUAUUAACAGUUUGA